AUGCAAUGUUCCUGGAAGGCUGUCCUCCUACUAGCCUUGGCAUCCAUUGCAAUCCAAUACACAGCAAUCCGGACCUUCACCGCCAAGUCUUUCCACAGCUGCCCCAUCCCCAAUCCUGUGAACUGCAGCCUGAGCCAGGACACGGAUGCAGCUGACAGGCUGUGCGACGAGAGCCCCACCUUCGCGUAUAACCUCUCCAGGAAGACCCACGUCCUCAUCCUCGCCACCACCCGCAGCGGCUCCUCCUUUGUUGGGCAGCUGUUUAAUCAGCACUUUGAUGUCUUCUAUUUAUUCGAGCCCCUCUACCACGUCCAGUACACCCUGAUCCCAAAGCUGACCCAGAGCAAGAGUACGACGGACAGGCGGGUCAGGCCCAGCCGAGACCUGCUGAGGAGCCUGUACGACUGCGACCUCUACUUCUUGGAGAACUACAUCAAACCCCAGCCCGUCAACCACACCACCGACCGCCUCUUCCGCAGGGGGGCCAGCAAGGCCCUGUGCUCGCCACCCGUCUGCGAGUCCCUGGGAGCCAUCGAUCUCCACCUGGAGGAGGGAGACUGCGUGAAGAAGUGCGGUACCUUGAACCUGACGCUGGCCACCGAGUCCUGCAGAGAGCACGGGCACGUGGCCAUCAAAACCGUGCGGGUGCCGGAGGUCAGUGACCUCCGGGCCCUGGUGGAGGAUCCGCGACUGAACUUGAAGGUCAUCCAGCUGGUGAGGGACCCCCGGGGGAUCCUGGCAUCCCGAAGCGAGACUUUCCGGGACACCUACCGGCUGUGGAGGAUCUGGGACGGCACCGGCAGGAAGCCGUACAACCUGGACGUUACCCAGCUCACCACGGUGUGCGAGGACUUCUGGAACUCUGUGUCCACCGGCCUCAACCGGCCGCCGUGGCUCAAGGGCAAGUACAUGCUGGUGCGCUACGAAGACCUGGCCAGGAACCCCAUGAAAAAGACUGAGGAGAUCUACGAUUUCCUGGGCAUCCCCAUGGACAGCAACAUCGAGCGCUGGAUACAGAACAACACCCGAGGGGACAGGUCCUCCUCCAAACACAAGUACGGGACGGUGCGCAACUCAGCGGCGACGGCGGAGAAGUGGCGGUUCCGGCUGUCCUACGAGAUCGUGGCGUUCACCCAGCACGCCUGCCAGCAGGUGCUGGCGCAGCUUGGCUACAAAACCGCCAGCUCGGAGGAGGAGCUGAAGAACCUCUCCAUCAGCUUGGUGGAGGAGAGAGACUUCCUGCCCUUCUCCUAA